AAGUUAUCAUUAUCGAUGAUAAAAUUAUCGCCGCGAACAGAAAGUGGUGAGACGCGCGGCCGCCAUGCGUCUCCUGUACCUCGUUAUCACAAUAGGCUUGGCCACAAGCGAGGAGUUCCGUAUAAAGACAGCGGAACUGAGCGCCAGUCCACCAGGCACACGGAUCAUUGGUGGCAACCCUACUGUCAUAGAGAGGCAUCCCUACACUGUACAGAUCCUGGUCGGCAGCCAGCUGACAUGCGGCGGGUCUCUGAUCACGCGGCGACACGUGCUGUCCGCCGCGCACUGUUUCGUCCGCGAGGACGGUACUGUCGCCAGUCCUAGAAACUUCAGAGUGCGAGCCGGCGCCACUUACUUGAGUACAGGCGAAGGCACAACAAUUGCGAUGUCGACCAUCAUAGUGCACGAGCGCUACAACAUAGUGCCGCGCGACGCGGACGUGGCGGUGGCGCUGCUGGCGGGGGCGGUGCCGCAGUCAGCGCGCGCUGGCCCCGCCCCCAUCGCCCCUCCCGGCGUCGCACUGCCGCAGAACGCUAGCGUCGUGCACGUCGGCUGGGGACGCACUAAUGCAAACAUCCCGGAGUCGUCAGAUGUACUGCGCGAGGUGACUAUCUUCAAGGUAGAGCGCAGCGUGUGCGCGGCCCGAUACCGUCAGCUGGAGGUGCUCACCGGGGAGCCCUUCCCAGUCACCACCAACAUGAUCUGCGCAGGUGUCUUGGAUGUUGGAGGCAAGGACGCGUGUCAAGGCGACAGUGGAGGCCCGUUAAUGUUCAACGGGGUGCUGGUGGGCAUCACUUCGUGGGGCUACGGCUGCGCGCAGCCAUACUUCCCUGGCGUCAGUGCCAGGGUCUCUGCCUACACAGAGUGGAUAAAUAGGACUGUGGUGAGAUAUAACGACGGCUACAGGCUAAGUGUGAGCCAGUUACCACUUAUGUUAUCUGCCGUUUUGAUGAUGUGCACCAACCUCUAUCUGUGAGCACGUCGUCCACGAGCACGUCGGCGAGCAGCGUGCCGGCCUGUGCGCGCGCAGCUUGCGGC